AUGAACUCCAACAAACGCUACGACUUUUUGCAGGCAUGUUGCUUUCCCAACGAUAAAAAGGGGGACAUAGACUUUUGUCCCGACAAACUUGAAACUAUUUUCCAUAUUUUCUUAUUUGAUUAUGUACUUUGUGUCUAGAAUAGAGUAAUAUCGUAAAAUAGAACAAAGAAUUAUGUACUCACCGAAAAGUUGACACUUGUCAGCAGUUCUGUGCGUUAUUUUUUCCUGAUACUUCAUACUCGAUACUACUGUGGAAGUGUAACCCAAGAAGUCAAAAAAGGACGAAAUAGAGUUUAGCAGUUUUGGGCUCAAUCUGGGAUUGCGAGAAAAAAGUCUCCCGCAAGUUGAGAGAGCAAGAAGGGUUUCAAUUCAUAGAACAUCAUCUUAAUCUAUUCUUCAGUAGCAGUAGGUGUUCUCAGAUCACACGAACAUGUAUAUAUUAGCAAGAAGCUAGAUUUUCUUCAACCAAACUUCAUCUUUCUGGUCGCCCAAUUCUUUUUUUUUGAGAUCAAUUUCCUCUUUCUCUUAAAAGAAGAGUGUGGUACAAUGUUGAAUGUUUGGAAGUACAGUGAGACCGGUUUCAUGGCGCAGUUUCCAUCAAAAACUCCUCUUUCCGUUUCAAUCUUCUCACGAAAAAUGGGUUUCAUCGACCUAUGGUUGAUUUCCAACCGCCAAAACGCUAUAACAUUUUUUUUUUGUUCGCUUCAGAUGAGAGGUUAUUAGAUUUUUGAUAUGUUCAAUGUUUGACUUUUUUUAAAUAUGGUUAAUCAAAAGUUUAGAAAAAAAUAGUCUAAGGAUUCGAAAGUCCUUCACUCCAUUUGAUCUUUGGUUUAUUUAAUACAAAGUUGGUAUUAUUGCUAUGGGCGUUUUUCUCUGUUGGGGAAACAGAUCCUUGUCAGCAGGUUUGUAUUUACGCGAACUAUCACGCGUCAACGGGGUCUGUUCCCUAGUUUUUCAUUCCAAUCUGUUUAUUUUUGUUAAAGUUCUUUUUUUGAAUAUUCGUGCUGCAUUUCAUUGGAUUCUUAUGAAAUUUUAUUUAUAAAAAAAUUUUCGCUCAUAGAAAAGAGAAAAAUAGCUGCCUUGACCCACCAUAUCAUUUGACUUUUCGAAUCGACAAACGCAUAUGUCCACGAGAAUGAGAUAAUUGAACGGGAAUGUGCUCAAAUGAGGAAAGGUUACGUCAAGCUGCGCUGCUUAUUGAAGCACAAAAAAGGAAGAACGCAUGUCUAUCCCAUUCUAAAUGAAAUGAAUUUGGCCGCGGGCCAUGCAUUUUAAUGAAUCUUCUUCAUUUCUAUUUCUCAAGAAGAUCGAAGAAAUAUCGAGAAAAAUGCAAUAAGGUAGAAAUUCUUUAUAUAAUCCUAUUCCUACAAUUCUGGAUCACAUGAAAUUGCUGACAGCGAAUCUGGAAAAAAGAGUUUCUUCCCCAAUUUUGUUUUCUUUUGUAGGGGUUUUCAAUUUCGACGAAAAAGAAUUUCGUGGCGGAUACUGUAAUCAAAUGGUGUUUUAUAUAUUAGUUAGAGAGGUUAGCACAGCUGCUAAUCGCGUCAAUCGUCAAGCUUUGCUGUUUCCAGUUCACUUUUCCUCUCUCAAUUUUUUAGAAUUGUAACUUUAAAUUCUCUGAUCCAGAGUAUAUAUGGGAUCUCAAGUGUGAUAAAAACGAGAUAAACGUUUUUCUGCGGUACAAAAGUGUGAAUUAUUUUGAUUUUCGGUCGAAGCUUUCGCUCAAACAUUUUAUUUGUGUUCCUACUCUCAAAAUUUGAUCAUCUUGGGCUUUUCAGACUGAGAAUCGUAUGGUCCUGGGCGGCUCACGCCGUCACCACCACACCCUCUUCGCGGACGAUGCGCCUUUACAGCUGUACGCAUACCGGUCCACCAACUUUCGAACCGUUAGUUUCCGUUAUUUUUUUCCGCUCAAAAUAACCAGUUUCAGUUUCUAUUCGUUGCUCUAUCAUUAGCAACAUGUGGUCUGUUUCGGCUGGUGAUGCACUGGAAGCCUAAAUGGCUGGUCCGAUUUCGAGCGGUCCGUUCAACGUUCGACGAUGCUGAUCUCGUUCUUAUCGUGUGAGUUUUCCUUUGAAGUUUGUGCAUCUCUUCUUUGUCAAUUUUUUAAAUCGAAAUGGAACAUUUUAGGGAUUCUCAUAACGUGUCGGAGAUUUGCAAAGUGCGCAGCCGCAGCGCACGCGCUUCGCAGCCGACCGUAGUGGCAACGGAAGACGGAUCUUUGACGGAACUGAAGGAACUGCGUUGGUUCGUUUAUCGAAAGCAGCAGUUCACUUGGAUCGAAAAUGAAUGGUCUACCGCGGCUCUCUGCUACUCCAAGGCUUUCCGAACCCCCAUAACUAUCUGAAAUAACUUUUAUUUUAAGAUUUCGCCGCAGAAACUGAUCGAUUCGGUGGAUCGCGGUGGACUGAGCUCGGAUGAAGUUUUCAGUUAUGUGAGACAGCGGUCAACGAAUUGAGUUCAGGCUGAGCUCCGACGGACCUACUUUGGAGAAAACCUGAUGGCAGCUGACCUGACGCCCAUCUUCGUUAUCAUCUGCAAGGAGAUAAUCUCGCCCUUCUACAUGUUCCAGAUCUUCAGGUGAGCCUUUCUCAGGUGCAUGCAUUGUUUUUUUUUUCCAGUGUCAUCGUCUGGUACAUCGACGAGUACGUUUGGUAUGCGACGCUCAUCGUCGCGAUGACUUUGUGUUCCAUAAUUGCGACAAUCGCCAGCACCAGAAAGCAGGAAAAAAGGUUCCUAUUUUUUCGAAACUUCUCAAAACAAAAGACAAAUGUUGUGAAACUGUUAUUGGUUGUAGUUUAGUGUGAAAAAAGGCUCUUCUCUUGUGACUUCGUGAGGUGUCCGAGUUGAACGGUGUAUGGGUUUUCUAGGCGGAAGAUGAUGAUGAUGAAAAUGAUGCAACACCGUGACAACACCACUUCUCGGCAAGAAUAUUUUUAAGUCCUGCAGAAUCCGGUCGAUGGUCCGACAGCGAGAAACCGUUCAAGUCCUUCGCGACGGUGGAAACAUCAAGACGCUCGACAGCACGGAGGUCUGUCGGAAAUUUUCAUGGAUUUGGAAAUUUUUCUUCCUAACAAGAUAACUUUCAUUUCUUAUUUUUCUUACUUGAAGACACGAAAAACGCCUUGAAAAAAAUAUUUUUUGUUAUGUGGAGGGGCUUUUUAUCGAAGAACUUUCGAACAUUUUUUUCCAUUUCCAAAUAACUUCCAUCGAGCAGAGUGAUUUUAAAAAACUGAUCUUAUAUUGAGAACUAUAUUUCAAAAAAUUCAAUAUUCGAAAACAAUUUUGCUGUUUGAAACCACUCUUCAUCGAAAAUUAUAAGCUCGUUAGAUUAAAAAAAGUUUUCUUAAUCUCUGAGGAUAAUUUCUGACUUUGAUAUAAUAUAAUGUGUCAUCCCACUGUUCAUCCUACCACCAUAUAGAACUUUCACAAAGUUCUCAGAAAUUAAUUGAACUGAAACUUAAAAUUUCAUGAAAAAAGUAAGAACUUUAAGGAGGAGAAGCUCCGAUUUGACUUAUCUGCUUUUUUUUGUUGUAAAAUUUUCAUGUUUUUGGAAAUAUUUCAUACAAAACUGCUUCGUAAUUUUAGAGAAACAUUUUUCAAAGGGAAAGGGACGCGACCGUAUCCACUAUACCCAUCGAAUGCCUUGCAAAACUCGCUUUUUUCUUGAUCGAUUCUAUUAGUAUCAGGGCGGAUUCAGGUGGUGCCUGGAGACAUUUUGGUUGUUCCGGCACAAGGGGGCGUUCUGCAGUGCGACUGUGUCCUGCUUAACGGCGCGGCCAUUGUCAACGAGAGCAUGUUAACUGGGGAGUCGAUUCCCAUCACGAAAGUGGCGCUCACUGACGACGGACACGACGAGUUCUUCUCCAUCACGAAACACAACAAGAGCGUCAUGUACUGCGGCACGCAAGUCCUCCAAACUCGCUUCUACAAAGGCCAACACGUCAAGGUUCUCGGAGAACGAGCAGACCUUCGGAAUAGAAAUAUUUCCAGGCGUUGGUCCUGCGUACUGCCUAUUCGACAGUCAAGGGUCAACUCGUCAGGUCUAUCAUGUACCCGAAGCCAGUCGAUUUCCGGUUCAUCACGGAUCUUUUCAAGGUUGCCUCAUAAUUGAGGAGUCGAUCUCAUUCGAUGUCUUCAGUUCAUUGGUGUGCUUUCGAUUGUGGCCAGCUUCGGCUUUUUCUACACGGCUGUGGUGCUGGUGGCCCGAGGGAGCACUAUCUUCCGAGUUCUGAUCCGCGCCCUCGACCUCGUCACCAUCGUCGUUCCUCCUGCUCUUCCUGGUUCGUAUUUGACUGGCGUCAAUCAGCAAUACUUUUUGAAAUCUCGUGAUUUACAUUUCGGAAGAAAAUUGCUAGACUUCUGAAGUUUUUUCAAAACUGUGUUACGCUCAAAUAUAGAAGAAUUUAAAUAGCGGAAAUUUCUAUACAUUCCUUAAAAUACAUGUAGAAAAGAUCACAUAUCAGUCUGAAAUUUCCAAAACCGUUGCAGCUGUUAUGUCCGUCGGUAUUCUCUACGCUCAAAGUCGCCUCAAAGCUAAGGAAAUUUUCUGCAUAUCGCCUUCGACAAUAAAUACGUGUGGUGCUAUUAACGUGGUCAGUUCUCGGCCACAUGAAAAUGCAAUUAAUUUGGUGUUUUAGGUUUGCUUCGAUAAAACGGGUACUCUUACCGAAGACGGGUUGGACUUUCACGCGGUACGGAUGAUCGAAAGACGAGAAGACGAAGAGGUCGACGACUCAAAAGAGCAUUUGUUCUUCGGCGACGAGGUCACGGCGCUGAGUGUCAGCGAGAAUUGUCGGGAGAUGGUGCGCGCCAUCGCCACCUGCCAUUCCUUGACCAGGUGAUCUUGGAAAUACAAGAAAACUUCAAAAUAAGCAAUUAUAGGACUCAUUUAUGUCGGGAAACCCAAAAUCAGUUUCUACAAAGAAAAUUAAUUUUACUAAUUUGAAACGGCCGAUAAACUCGUUGAGAGUCAAAAUUGAAAAAAAAAGGAACCAUUUUCAGAAUCAAUGGGGAGCUCCAUGGAGAUCCGCUUGACAUGAUCCUUUUCGAGCAAACGGGCUUUUCGCUUGAGGAAGGCGACGAGGACGAUUCCCAAAACUUUGACGUUCAGGUGUUGUCCUUUACUGUAGCCAUUGUUAACAUUUCUAUUCAGCCAACUUUUGUUUGUCCGCCUCGUGGAAGUUCUGUGCACACGGAAUGUUCUGUGGUCCGACAGUUCACUUUCAGGUUGAAUAUUCCAGGGAAAACUGGGUGAAAAUCUGUUUCAGCUCCACUCUGCAAAGAAUGUCGGUUAUCGUCGCCAACCCAACCAAUCAUUCCACCAUGGUAUCCACAAUUUAUUGAUGGACUUCUGAGUUUUUCAAUUGAGGUUGUGUACUGCAAAGGAUCGCCGGAAAUGGUCAUGUCUCUCUGUCGACCGGAGACUGUCCCCGACGAUUUUCAUGUGCGUAGUUUCAAAAAACUUUUUUACGGGAUAAGUUUAAUUUUGUUCGUCGAACUGAAUUUCAUUAAAAAAGUCAUCAAGAAAGAGAAAAAAACAGAUUGAAGAUGGCUAUGAAAAAUUAUUUAAAAAGGAGCUUGUUUGGGAUCAAAAAAGCCAUCAAAGACUUUCCUGGAUUAUUCACGAUAAAUAUUGGAGAUGAUUCGAAAUGAUGAAUUCAAUUGUUGAAUGAGGAACACUAAUUUCGUGAAACCGACGAGAGGAUUGCAGGAUGUAGUGGACGAAUACACGCAACACGGCUACAGACUGAUCGCCGUCGCAACAAAACCACUCGACGUCAGCCUCAUCAAUGCAAACAAAGUGACAAGAAAUGCCGUCAGUUCUUCGAAACAAUCAAAAAAGUUGAAAUCGCGCUCUACAGGUAGAGUGCGAUCUGUCGAUGAUUGGCCUGAUAGCGCUGGAAAAUCGUCUGAAGCCGGUGACCGAGGACGUCAUCGAUCGUCUUAAUAAGUUGGUUUUCAUUCCAGAAAUAGAAUCAAACUCUUUUUUGCCUUCGUCAAUUAACCCAAGUGAAGUCGUCGGCUGAAACCACCAUAAAUUUUAGCUUGAAAAAUUGCUGAAUUGAAGUAAAUCAAAUUGAACAAAGACUGAAAUUUUGUGAAUUAUUGCUAAGUGUGCAAUGAAAAAAUAGAAGGCUUAAAAAUUUUCCUGUUUUUCGUCAACUUUUUUUGUUUUCCAGUUCACUUAGAUCUUCAAACCGCACUGUUUCUACUGGAUACAGGAACAAGAGGCCCAUUGGGCUAUAAUUUUGAAACUGAACUAUGAGCUUGUUGAUUAAAGAGCGAACAUCCGGUCAGUGAUGGUGACUGGCGACAAUCUGCUGACGGCUCUGAGCGUGGCUCGGGAAUGCGGCAUCAUCCGUCCCUCGAAACGCGCCUUCCUCAUCGAGCAUCGCAACGACGCCAAGGACCAUCGCAACCGGACGUCGCUUUCUGUCAAACAAGUGAGUCUUCACGUCGUAUCGGAAUCCUGACGAUGGUUUUGAAGGCCGCUCACGAAGGACACGUGACGAUGAUCAACGGCGCCAAGAUCAACGAGUCGAAGAAAAUCGAGGAUUCCUCCGACUUGAGUAGACUUUGUGGCGCUCAGACGCAGUUUGCCAUUUCAGGUUCAUCGUUUGUGGUGGAGAAUAUUUUAACGAUGAAGUAGUUCGGUUUUAACGUUCAACCUUUUUUGCGUUUCAAGGUUUUCAAUACAGCUCUCUACAUGCAUUGAUCCACAUUUUAUGAGCUGAAUUUUUUCCCUGCUGCAGGACCGACGUUUGCCGUUGUUGUGCACGAAUACCCCGAACUGGUCGAGCAACUGGUUUGUGUGUGCGACGUGUUCGCCCGCAUGGCUCCCGACCAAAAACAGAUGCUCGUGGAGCAGCUGCAGCUGGUCGACUACACCGUCGCCAUGUGUGGGGACGGCGCCAACGACUGCGCUGCCCUCAAGGUUCAGAUUGUUAGUUUCCGACUUGCAUCGUCUUUUUCCAGGCUGCUCAUGCGGGGAUAUCGCUGUCGGACUCCGAAGCUUCAAUCGCAGCGCCUUUCACUUCAAAGGUAUUUUCGAACUACUCGGUUCUCCACGAGUAUUUUUCAUGUUGAGCUUUCAGGUUCCUGAUAUUCGUUGCGUACCAACAAUUAUCAGCGAAGGUCGAGCUGCUCUGAUGACGUCAUUCGGCACUUUCCUUUACAUGUCUGGCUACUCUCUCACCCAGUUCAUUUCCAUCCUUUACCUCUACUGGAUCUCCAACAGCUUCACACAAACCCAGGUAUUCCUGAACAUUUGGACGCCCUUCAAUCCGUCAAUUUCGCAGUUUCUCUUCAUCGAUCUGUGCAUCAUCACACUGUUGGCCGUGCUUUUCGGAAAGACGAAGGCCUAUCCGAGACUCGCUGCCAAGCCUCCACCAGCUCGAAUUCUGUCCAUUUCCAGCAUGGUCAGCCUCUUCGGUCAACUCAUCAUCGGUGGCAUUGCUCAGGUUAGGCGUUAUUGAUUGUUUUGUUAUCUUUUCUGCAUACAUUUUUCUAUUUUCUUGAUAUUCAUUAAUUUUGCCCAUAAGUGAGAGUUUGAAUUUUCUCUCUAGAUAGUUCGAAAAAACAACGUUUCAGUUGAUUGUGUUCAAUUUGGUGGCUCUUCAACCGUGGUUUGUGCCUUAUGAUCCUCCAACUGGCGAUGGUCCGGAAGAUCGACGAAGCAUGCAGGUCACCUCAAACUGAGGAAAUUAUCAGAUUUUUCUUUUUCAGGGUACUGCGAUUUUCUACGUCUCGGUGUUCCAGUACAUUGUCCUGGCAGGUAUCUACUCGAAGGGACCGCCUUACCGCAGCUCCAUUCUUUCCAACAGACCCUUGUGCCUUGCAAUCGUUCUCGACGUCGUGGUAGGUUUCUAGACUCACAACGAGAACUUCUCACACGGACCGAAUAUUAUGAUAUACUUCGGUUUGCAGCUGUGCCUAUGGAUCGUGAUAGCGCCAAACGUGUUUUUCAUGCGACUCCUGGGAUGUGUGGACUUGCCUUCGCUGCAGUUCCGACUUCUCAUCGUGCUGGUCGCCUCGAUCGCCGCCUUCUGUUCCUACAUUUUCGACCGUUUCCAUGAUCAGGCCGUUCGGCUCGCUCUCGACCGGUAAGCUUCAUUGUCGAGCUGUGAGUUCUUCGAUAGAUUGAUGAAGUUUUUUGCAAAAAGAUUUUUUUUCUGCUUUUCUCAAAUGUUUCAAGCUUGAAAAAGCACUCAAUUCACAGACACGACCUCGGCUCACCGUCGAAUUUGUGAAAUAGAUCAGAAUCACGUAAUGUGUUUUUUAUGCUCAAUCGAUGAGGGCUGUGAAAAAGUUACGACCUCUAAAAUUACGAUGAAAUCGGGUUUAUUCAAUAUUUAUCUGCCUGAAUUCUUUUCAACUGUUUUUUUCUGCAAACAUUUAUCGACAUUCUUUGAAAGUCGGACUGUUUUUAACAGACCUCCUCAUAGAAUUCAAAGCGAAUAUUUCAGAUCAGAAUAAAACUAGAUGUAGUGUUUCCUUUAUUCAGCAAUUCCUGUGUGAGCCGAGGCCACGAUUGAAAGCUUUCCAAAAAAAAAAAAAUUAUUCUGACAAUUUUUUUUGUCGAAAUAACUGUAGAAUGAUUCAGCAAUUUUCGGUAGCUUUCCAGUUUCAGGUGGAGACGAACACGGAAGAGCGGCUUUUGCAAUUAG